UGACUCCUCGACACAAAGAACAUCACCACAUUCCCAAAUCACAUAGCAAAAAAGAUACCCCAGAAUCAGAAAAAGAAAAAUGGCAGAAGAAGUGAAGCUAAUUGGCAACUGGGCUAGUCCUUUCACUCGCAGAGUAGAACUAGCCUUGAAAAUAAAAGGUGUCAAGUAUGAGUACAUAGAGGAAGACCUUGCCAACAAGAGUGAUUUGUUGCUGAAGUAUAACCCAUUUCAUAAAAAAGUUCCUGUGCUUGUGCACAAUGGAAAAUCAAUUUGUGAAUCACUGAUCAUCAUUGAGUACAUUGAUGAGACCUGGAAACACCAUCAUCAUAUCCUGCCUAAAGAGCCUUACCACAGAGCCGUUGCUCGUUUCUGGGCUAGAUUUGUUGAUGAAAAGCUAUUGCCAACCACUUUCAAGAUUGAGUGCGCCAUAAAAGAGGAGAAGGAUAAGAUAAUACAUGAGGUACAUGAGCACCUGAAGCUGCUAGAGCACGAACUGAAACACAAAGAACAUGAAUUCUUUGGAGGUUUGGAGCUUGGGUACCUAGACAUUGUGACAUUCUUUAUAGGCCACUGGGUUCAGGUUCACCAAGAAGUAAUGGAAAUAGACUUGAUCACUGAAGAGAAGUAUCCAUUUUUUUGCAAAUGGAUGGUAAAGCUUCAUAAAAUUGACAUUGUCCAUGGAUGCCUGCCUCCAAAAGAAAAGCAUAUUGCUUUCUUCAAAGCUCACUUUGGAGCUGUCAAAUUUACCUCUAAAAAGGUGAAGCUACUUGGCACAUGGCUAAGUUCUUUUAGUCACAGAAUAGAAGUAGCCCUGAAGUUGAAAGGCAUGCAGUAUGUGAACAUGGAAGAAGAUCUCUCCAGCAAGGAAGACUCCAGAAAAAUGUCAGCAGCAGUGAAGCUAUUUGGCACUUGGUCGAGCCGUUUUAGUCGCAGGGUAGAAAUAGCCUUGAAACUGAAAGGGAUAGAGUAUGAGUACAUAGAGGAAGACCUUUCCAACAAGAGUGAUCUGCUGCUCAAGUACAACCCAGUUCAUAAAAAGGUUCCUGUUCUUGUUCACAAUGGAAAACCAAUUGCAGAAUCGCUUAUCAUUCUUGAAUACAUCGACGAUACCUGGCAAGAUAAUCCCAUCUUGCCUAAAGACCCUCACAGCAGAGCCAUGGCUCGUUUCUGGGCUAAAUUUGUAGAUGAAAAGAUAAUGCACACGGCUUACAAGGCAGGAAUUGCUAAAGGCGAGGAGCUGGAGAAACUGCAUCAAGAAAUUUAUCAGAACUUGAGCUUGCUGGAGAACGAGCUGAAAGGAAAGGAAUUCUUUGGAGGUGAGAAAAUCGGGUAUUUGGACAUUGCGGCAUUUAUGAUUACAUAUUGGUUUCAAGUAUAUUGUCAAGGUCUUCUGCAAACGGAAUUCAUCACUGAACAAAAGUUCCCUGCCUUGCACAAAUGGAUAGCAAAGCUCAGCGAAAUAGAAGUGGUCAGGGAAUGUCUGCCACCGAAAGACAAGCAUGUUUCUUACUUGAAAGCCCGCUUUGAAGCAAGAAAAUCUCCUUCUAAAUAAGAGAUUCUGAUUCAAUGUGCAGUUUUUGCUAUUGUUUCUUGCUUUGUUUCUUCCAUUUGGUGGUGUUUUUCUUGCAAGGUCAUCUUGGAAAAUUAAUAGAAUUCUGGUUUUUAUAAAUUGGACUGUAAUUCUUGCUGGUCCUUUCUACUCUGUCUACUAUCAGAAUUGUUGCAUAAUGAUCUUAUUAAUUCUAUGUUUUACACAUUUUCUCAAAUUCUAUUUUGAAUUUUCA